GCAGGUUGCGGGAGGACCACAGUGCAUCCUUCAGACACCUGAGGGUGGGCCAGAGCUUGGUGAAGGCCUUCGGUGGAAUAUGCCUUUGGCCCACCCCAUAUAGCACGAGCUGGGGCGUUAGGUCCUCCCCUGCUGGCAGACACGGGGAGAUCAAGGGGCCUGCUUCCUUCCACAGGUCCCUGGCGGCUCUGCACUCCUAGAGCAAGUGCCUCACUGACUCAUCUUGGCCGCAACCUGGUCGGGGGCACACGGAUGUCCUCGCCAUGCCCCGGGAGUGCAUAACGGCGCUGACCGGGAGGAUCUUGUGGGUGUCCAUCCAGGACAGGGCCCGUUGCCGAUUCAGCAGAGCAGGAUGGGCCACGUUGCACCAAACCAUUGUGGGCUCGCCGAUAGCAAGCCCGCGCACUGGACACACUGGUUCCCACUCCUGCACAAGAGAGAGAAGAGAGCUGUGUUUAGUUAAACCCGCGAUUGCCUGUUUUUCCAGUUUAAAAUGUUUUUAAAACUUUUGGAGCUGGACAUAGUGUGUGGGGAGCAGGAAAGAGACUGGGGCUUGCAUGUCAACUGGGAUAAGCCCUAGUCCUGAGGUAAGAUCCCAGCCAGAACCGUGCGAGGGCCUGGGUCUUGUUGUUGACCGGGGAGAUGGCAAGAGGGAGAUGUAAUGUUGUGUAUCAGCUGCCCAGGAACAAGUAGACGUCAGGCAAGCCUUUCCCCCCCUUGGACCUGGGCCUCUUAACCACCUCCCUCCUCAGCCUCUCCCACUUGCUUCCCCACAGGAAGUAAAAUAGCAUCUGCUCCAGAGCUAAAAGAGUUGUAUGUGGAGGGAUCUAAACAGAACUGAUUAAUAAAAUAUCAUAUUCACUUAGGAUCUCACUUGGUGAAGGUCACAGGACUGAACAGGAAUGAAUGUAACAACCAUGUCUCUGUCACUAGCAAAUAGUCAUAAGUGGUACGCGUAACUCUAAAAUUCACUUGGAAGGCACACUGGGAAAUAUGCAAAUAAGGCUCAACACCCUACAGCGUUAAAACAACACCCAAUUGCAUGUAUCAAUGCAGUUCGGUAAAGAACCAUCAAAUGUUUUUUGUAGAACCUUACAUUGAUUUGUGUACGGUUCUUCAAAGAACCAUCCCAUUUAAGGUUUUGGCAUCGCUCUGAAUAACAUUCCAACUGGAACCGUUAUUUUUAAGAGUGUAGAUGAAUAAGCUACCCUAACCUGUAAUAGUAGGCUACAGUAGGAAUGUGAAAGUAAAUUAGACUAUAGCCUAUCAGCAUUAUAGGCCUAUGCAACGGCUGCAGGAGGAGUGAAGCAUGUUGUUGUUCUUCUUCUUGUCUCUAUACACAGUAGGUCUAUACGUGUUUAUCCUACGAUGGAGGAUGUGGACCAAAAGUCCUUGGGACUUGCUGAGAUUUACCAACAGAGUUUACAAUUUUUCAAAAUCAUGGAAGGUUCAGCAAAUGUGCCUAACUUUGAAAAGAAUUACAUUUGUCAUGACUUCAUUUUUGGACGCUGCUCUCAACAAGCCAAGUGCAUGGGUGUUCAUUCUACUAUGCCAUACCAAUGGGAGGUGGAGAAUGGACGUGGCUGGUCAUGUAUCCCAGACAAUGAGGGCGUUGAAAGGGACUACUGUGACCCAGCAAAGACACAGAGUUGCAGGAUACCACCGGUUAACUUUAUCACCAUGACUCGUGGACACCGCAAAGUUCGCCGCCUUGCUACGGUUUCCUCCCUGGACCAGCCAGAUGCUGUCUUUUUUACCAAGUGGACCUGGUACUGGGAGGAAAACCAUGGUGGCUGGACUCCAUAUUUGUCACCAACUGUGGAGAACCUAGAGAGGAUGUACAUGGAUCCCUCCCGUGGCUCACUGAUUGAGUUUACUGCUGGACGAUUCACCUAUGAAGUCAAUUUGGAAGUCAUGAUCCAGAUAAAUACAAGCUCACACACCCAACGACUGGUAAGAAGACGACCGAUGUUCAAAUCAUCCAUAGAUGUUCAGAGAACUACUGGCACAUCUAAUACCACCACUUCUUCUGUGCCACCUUUUUGGGACCAGUCUCGGUUGCCUGGGAUUGGCUUUGAGAGAGUUAUGUUGCCAAACUCAGCAAAGGAAUACAAAGACAUCAAGGCCAUUUUUGAUAAAACAACAGUGGGGUUCAACAUACGCACCAUCGAGAGAGUGCAAAAUCCUAUCCUAUGGAAGUUCUACGUGCUGCAAAGAGAUCAGAUGGAAUCCUCAGGGACAAGCAUCAAUGAGAAGCAGCUUUUCCAUGGAACUGACUCCAAACAUGUUGACAGCAUUUGCAGAAACAACUUUGACUGGAGGCUAUGUGGAACAAAUGGAACUUCAUUUGGAAAAGGAAGUUACUUUGCCAGGGAUGCUAAGUACUCACACAGCUACACCAGCCAGUCAGGAGCAAGGUCCAUGUUUGUUUGUCGUGUGCUGGUGGGAGACUACACUGUGGGAAACUCCAGCUAUGUGAGACCCCCUCCUAAAGAAACCGGAGGAUCCAUCUUCUAUGACAGCUGUGUGGAUAACAACCAAGACCCCAAAGUGUUUGUAGUUUUUGAAAAGUAUCAGGUUUACCCCGAAUACCUCAUAGAGUACAGUGAUACUGCUUCUCCACCAAACCCUGCUACUCAGCCAAAUCGCAUUGUUCAACCAAACCCUACUCACCAGCCAAAUCCCGUUGUCCAACCAAACCCUACUCACCAGCCAAAUCCCGUUGUCCAACCAAACCCUACUCAGCAGCCAAAUCCCAUUGUCCAACCAAACCCUACUCCCCAGCAAAAUCGCAACGGCUCAGAUUCAGAUGACCCUGUGUUUAAUGUAUGUUGUUUGUGUUUAGUCUGGACUUUAUGUUGCCCAUGUGGCAUCUACUUUUAUUUUUGUCACGAUGAUGAUUGACCAGGCCUUGGUGUAUACAGGUACCCUCUAGCAAGGCACUUAAGCCAAAUUGCUCCAGGGAUGCUGAUAUGGCUGACCCUGGCUCUGGUCCCAUCUCUCUGAGGUUCAGGGUUUCUGUUAGCUGAUAAAUGCCAGCUUUUGGCCGUAAAAAAAUUAAAAGCUGGAAAAUAAAAUUGUUGCUGGACAAAUUGACCCAGAGAAAAAACAACGGUAGGCAGGCUAUCAGCGGGUCACCCACCACUUUACAAUGUGAGCUGGAGGCAGUAUGCAUUUUGAAAACAUACACAAUUGUUUCAAACCUGAAUGUUUUACUCCAUAUUAUGAGCCGGUCUAAGGCACUGCAUCUCAGUGCAAGAGGCGUCACUACAGUCCCUGGUUCGAAUCCAGGCUGUAUUACAUCCGGAUGUGAUUAGGAGUCCCAUAGGGUGGCGCACAAUUGGCCCAGCGUCAUCCGGGUUUGCCCCGGGUAGGCUGUCAUUGUAAAUAAGAAUUUGUUCUUAAUUAACUGACUGGCCUAGUUAAAUAAAGGUUAAAUAGAAAUAAAUGUCUUACUUUGCUUGAAAAACCUGACCAUAGAAAUGUGGAAGCAAUUAUUUUAUAAAGACUUCAUAGGCAUUAUGUGAGUCUCAAGUUUGGGGAAGCAUAGGCAUACAAUUUAUCCUACAAUUUCUACCAAUCUGGGUGUCAGUUAUGAUUUUCAUAUGUGCAUUUUCGUGGAACAGUUUAAUUUCAAUAAUAGUGUUUUAAUUUCUAAAAAUCAUUGUCAAGUGGUUAAUGAUGAAAUUCUUAAUUAAAUUGAUACAAUAUACAAGUUAAAAUUCAACUAAUGCUAGAGUACCAGCCUCUGCCAUAUUAUGGACACAUUGAUACACCGUGAUCAUUGGCGGCUAGAUAGCCUAAAUGAGCGCAUUAUACUCAGAGAUGGCCAAUGCAACCGUUGGCCUCUAAUUUCUAGUGAUCGGCAUUCCGGCUCUUUUCAGUGAGCCGGCUCUUUUGGCUCCCAAACGGCUCUUCAAAAAAAAAUACGUUUUGUAUUUUUUCAAGUCUAACAGUUUGCGACAGUUUGACUAUGAUUGGUGUUAAAACAAUUCUAAUUAAAUUAUUAAAUGAAACCAUACUCUACCUUAACCACAAUGUAUUUAAAAAUGCAUUGGUUUGUUAUGAAAAAGAAUGCUAUUAAACCUUUGCAUUUAAAGUAUAACUUUUGAAUGUAUAUAAACAAAGUGCAUAUAAAUCUGACCAUUCAAAACGAAUACAAUCUGAACAGCAUAAUAUAAUAUUGCACCAUAUCAAAGAAAGAAUAAAUAAAAAUGUGCAAAACUGCAGCAUCCCACUUAAAACAUUAAACUUGUCCCUCUUUUCUCUCUCUUCUUUAUUGCCAUGUUAUAACCAGCAGCACACAGCAAUAUUUUGCUUUUAUGAGAGAUUUGCAUUCAGAAAUGCAAGCUGCCCCACUUGAGGGGCUGAUGCGGUUUCUUCUCUCAAUAAUUAUUUGUCCCAUUUUCGAGAAGACCCUCUCAGAGGGAACGGAUGUGGCCACUAUGCAGAGUCUCCCUGUCAUGACUUUAGUAAGCCGUGGGUAGACAGAGGCCUUGUUCUUCCACCAGCUCAGAGGAUCUGCAGAUCUUUAGAGGGGCUCCUCCAAAUAGGAUCGGACCUCCAUUAUGGAUACAUCUCCACAUGAGGAUGUGCUGGCUCCACCACUAUCACUAGCAGGCCCGCUAGUUUCUCGAGUCUCCGCUACAUUUAGCUUCACAGUUGGGUGCAUAGUUCGCAUAUGCCGGUGUAGGUUGUGCGUAGAACCGGCUUUAUGUGAGAUUUUGUUUUGGCAAAUUCUACACUGUGCUCUGACAUUGUCUACAUUAUUAAAAUGCAUCCAAAUGCUACUGUGCUUCAGACUCAUUUUCCAGCUGUUGUUUUCACAGCUGUCCUUCCUCUCUAUCCUCGGCUGCUAAGUGUGUGACUGUGAGUGAGUUGGCUCGGCCCUCCCUCAAGCAUCUUUGGUUCAUUGGUUGUCACUGCGUGUCUGAUUGACAGGAACAACAGGUGAGGCUGUUAGUCUGAGCAGACAAGUCAGAACGAACGUUUGCGCGUGAGCAUUUAGGCCUAUAUUAUUAUUAUUUUUUUUUCGUUCUUUGAAUUAGUUCAUUCUAUUCAUUUAAAUCUUUUGACUAUUCAUAUCUUAAUUUUUUAAAUAUUUUUCUUCUUAUGUGCGAGCUGGCUCCCAACGUUCACCUACAAGAGCCGGCUCUUAGAGCCGACUUGUUCGCGAACGACCCAUCACUAGUGUAAAGCCAUAACGCAUACGUUUUUCCAGAAGCAGGCUAUGAUCGAUUAUGUCAAAAGCCGCGCUGAAGUCUAACAAAACAGCUCCCACAAUCUCUUUAUCAAUUUUUGUCAGCCUAUCACCAGUAAUUUGUGUAAGUGCCGUGCUUGUUGAAUUCCCUUCCCUAUAAACAUGCCGAGUCUGUUUUUCAAUUUGUUUACAGUAAAACGGCAUUGUAUCUAGUCAAACACAAUUUCCCCCCAUACGUUUACUAAGGGUUGGUAACAGGCUGAUUGGUCAGCUAUUUGAGCCAGUAAAGGGGGCUUUACUAUUCUUGUGUAGCAGAAUGACUUUUGCUUUCCUCCAGGCCUGAGGGCACACAGGUUUAGAUUGAAGAUGUGGCAAUAUCGCCCAAUAUUAUCCUCAGUCAUUUUCAAUCCAAGUUGUCAGACCCUGGUGGCUUGUCAUUGUUGAUAGACAAUACUUUUUUCACCUCAUCCACACUUACUUUAUGGAAUUCAAAAUUACAAUGCUUGUCUUUCAUAAUUUUAUCAGUUAUACUUGGAUGUUGUGAUGGAAAUGUUUAUGUUUGUGCUUUUCUAAUAACCAAUAUCUGUGUUCUCUUUGUGCUUUUCUAUAAACCAAUUUCUGUGUUCUGUUUGUGCUUUUCUAUAAACCAAUUUCUGUGUUCAUGCAAGUGGCUGACUGAAGGAAUCCUCACUAUCAGUAUCUGCAAUUUGGCAGUACGCCCAGAACCUUGUUUAGAAAACGAGAACAAAAGAUGUCUCAGUUUCAAAGUCUCAGCUUAGAGAGAAGAAGCCUCGUGAGGUAUUGGUCUGUUACAUGCAUGACCCAUUAUUGGUCAUCACAUGAAUGAAGCAAACGUUAAUGAUGAAUGAUGAAUAAGCUAAAUCAUGCAAAUAUAACUUGUCUGUACAUAAGGGAACUAACGGGACUGCCCCGUUAGAGCUCAACUUCAGAACGGUACUUUAUGCAUCUAAGUUUGACAGUGAC